UCAACGAAGCUGUGAAGGAAGAAGCGGAGGGACCAUGAAUAUUCUCCCGAAGAAGAGUUGGCACGUCCGAAAUAAGGACAAUGUCGCUCGCGUACGGCGAGACGAAGCUCAGGCUCGGGAGGAGCAGCGGGAACGGGAGAGACGGGCAUUAUUGGCCCAACAAGAGGCCCGGACAGACCUUCUUCGGAAAAGAGCCCGAAGCCACGCACCCACCGGACCAGGGCCAUGUGUGACCCGGGAAGGCCCCGGCCCAGUGGACCUGUUCCGGGAGCUGGUGGAGGAAGGGAAGGGGGCCAGCAGAGGGAACAAGGAGUAUGAGGAAGAAAAAAGGCAGGAACAGGAACAACGGGAGAAGGCGCUGGGGGUCCUGACGUACCUGGGUCAGAGCGCUGCUGAGGCCCAGACCCAGCCCCCCUGGUACCAGCUCCCUCCAGCGCCCAGGGGCACACCGUGCAGCCCUGCCCCCGACGAGAAAGCCAAGAGCCACCUGGACCCCCUGCGAGACCUGGAGAGGCAGCUGGGCAAGAAGAGGAGGAAGCAAGAAGGGGGCGGCCGCCCCAAAGAGCCCGAGAAGCUGCGACCCAAGGGCCCCGGGAAGAGCUCCUUGGAGCAGCUGCGCACAGAGCGACUCCAGAGGGAGGCGGCAGAGCGGGCCCGGGCCCAGGCCCUGAUGGCCGCCUUCCGGGGAGAGCAGCCCCAAGAGGAGGAAGAGGCAGACGACCGCAAGAGACGCUACAACUCCCAGUUUCACCCGCAGCUCGCCCGGCCACCUCGGCGCUAGGA